AAGACCUUCUUGAUAUAAACACCUAUCACAUAACAUCUGUAUGAUGAACACCAUCCAGGAAUACAAAGUCCUCUUAAGAGACUCUUGGCUAUCGAGGUAUAGCUUGCUCAAACGCCGCAACAGAAUUUAGAUAUUUUUUUUUUUAAAAGUUGCAUUUGCUGUGGUGGCCCUUCUCCUUCAUAGACCUACAAGCGCUGGCCUUGCCGGUGAAGAUUUUUAGACUGCUUUUUCUUCUUGGCGCUAAACCGACAAGAUGAUCGACUUGAGUUUCCUUACGGAUGAAGAGCAGGAGUCAAUUUUGAAAGUGUUGCAGCGGGAUGCAGACUUAAAGAAGAUUGAAGAGGAGAGAAUCAGGGAUUUACCUGAAAAAGUAAAGAACGAUGCCCAGGUCAAGAAUAUGAGUGGGCAGUGGUUUUAUGAAGCCAAGUCAAAGAGGCACAGAGAGAAAAUACAGGGAGCUGAUAUUAUCCGAGCAUCAAUAAGAAGGAAGCCCUUGACAACAGCUGAGCUGAGUCAGAGUAAGUUGGGCAAUGCCAAAAGCAGCUGGGUGAACAAUGUCAACAAAGAGAACUUUGUGUCACCAGAACAGUUGGGUGUCAUACAAGAUAAGGAAGAGGAGUCCAAAUCUAACCACAGUCCUAAAAUGUCCAAUACAUUACAGAAACCCCAGGAAGGAACAAGGAAGUCAGCUCUUUCACCAUCUAAGCAAAGGAAAAAUCCGUUUAAUGACUCAUCUGGACCAGAAGAUAAUGCCAAAACUGAGUACUCGGAAAAUGGAAUGGCUAAUUCAUCGGAAACCACAGAGGAAGAAAACCAAUGCGGAGUAAAUUUACCGAACUACAGCAGAGCAGAAGCAUCGGAACAACCUUCUGUAGAAUUUAGGCCGACGGGAAAACUGCCUGUACCGAAAGCGAGGAAGAAUGUCCACAAGGCCUCAGAUGCCAGCUUGCAGAGUAAAGAUUCCUUACCUAAAACAUCUAAAAGGAUCAAGCAGGUCAAUAGCCACGGAAGGCCGCCCAAGAGCAUCCUCAAACGAAGCUCAAGUUCAAGUUCCACAGAUUCUGAAGUAUUGCGUCUCAGUCAAACCUUGGAACCGUCUAGCAAAAGUGGGCUGCCAACCUCCACCAUCCUUGAAGAUGUUGCAGAGAAGAGCCCUCCCACAGGAGAAGACUAUUCUCAAAACUCACUGGACAGACUAAAGCAGGUCAGGUUCUCCUCCAGUGUAAGUAAGAAUGAACGUCCACCAAAACUUGAGUUGCACGAGGGCAAAGAACUUGGGGAAUUCAACUUGCUAGAUGCCAACUCCACUAAAGCCAGUGAGAAUGAGGGAAAUUAUUUGGACAGUCCAUCUUUUCCAGCAAAGCCAGCACGAUCCUAUUCACCAGCUUUAGAUGGUAACAUGAAGGAUGGACAAGAAUCUCGAGACGGAAAAACACUUUCAGGUUCUUACAGCUUGAAUGACUCAGAGCUGCCAUCGUUGGUGAAAAGUCCUCCUGCAGAAGCUGCACUUCCAGGGGAACCAUCCAGGCAGAUGGGUCCCAGCACCAUGGACAAUGGAACUCUUCCAACUGUGACUCAGCCCAAAACUAAGCAGCUGAAUCCUGAGCCGUGUGACGCCACACAAGGCAGCACUGGCCAGGAGUUGCGUUUGGCUGAGGCAGAGGAAGCCGAGUUGUCAAACACCGGCUGUGCAGACCUUAAGCAAGGUAAGCCUGCUCUUGUUGUGGGUCGCAGUGUUGACAAACAUGCUGCUGAAAAUUUGAAGGCCGCUGAUGAAUCUAUAUCCAAAGUGCUAGACUGGUUCAAAAGAAGUUCCAGUACUGCUGAUAAAGAAACAGUUUUGAUAACACCUCAGCAAAAGCAAUUUACAGAGGAGAUGGACACCCCAAAGUCAGUGAAAUUGUCUACAAUUGGAGAAGAUAAGGAGUCAAAUACAGAGCUGUUAAAUCUGAAAUCGUCUCUGUGUGAAAGAGGAGAGUCAACGAGCAAAGACUCAAGGCUCCAGGAUAUCGUAAAACAACCAGGACAAUUAUCCUUUUCGGAAAGCGAAAGUCCAAGUGAAGUGGUCCUAGGAGACCAAGCUCCUUUGAAUCGAAGCAAAGAAAACGUGAAUGCAGCUUCUCACAAUAUUCAUAUCACUGACGCUUCUUUUGGAAGUGGAAUGAAAAGAGAAACCAGUUCACAGAUAUACACUGAUGGAGAGAGAGAUGUUAAAUCUUUCUUGGAAGAAGAAAACAGCGAGGUUAAAUCUGGAGAAACUCUAAAAGAUCCUGAAGGAAAGGACUGUAAUUUUCAAGACACUGAAAAUAUGCCCCACGCCAACAAUAGAAGUAACCUGGUCCUGCAACAACAUGAGUUAAGACAACCAUCGGUGAUAGGAGAUAAGAAAAGAGUCAAGGAUAUGAAGGCUUUCUGGGAAGGUGGGAAGGUGACUCCAGAGCUUGGAAAUAAGGAAGUUCUUACAAAUGAAAAUAUGUCUAGUAAUACACAAGAAUACGGUAGGAUAAAACCAGUGAGCGGAUCUUCUGGAUAUGUAACAAGUGAAUCUGACAAUGAACAAAGCAAAUAUAAUUUAGUUACCUUCAGAAAAGUUGAGAUAAGUGAGGAGGAGUCUGAGAUGAAAGGUGAUGAUGUAAAAUUUUCAGGAACGAGCAGGCCCAUCCAAGGAGAUAAAUGUACAGAAAACCAAGAUAUUAAUAUAUCUAAUGAAGUACUUUCGAAUGACCAGAAAAACGCUAACAUUACAGGAGUGUUGAAUGAGAGCAAUUUGCAGCCGAGUUACAAAGUGAUGGCAUCUUCUAAAGAAAGUGAAAGGCCAAAAGUCACUGCUUUAGAAAAAGGGACUCUUCAACCAAAGUCUCCUUUUAAGAUCCAUUCAUUGAAAGAAAAAAUGGAUGAAGAAUCCAGGUCUCAAAUGCUCAACCCUUCCCAAUUCCAGAGCCUGAGAAACUUUUGGGAUAUGGGGACUAAACCACAGAGCAAAAUUGAUGAGACCAUCCCACAGACGCAUAAGAGUAGCACUGGAAGUUACACGAAAGAGUUACAAGAAAGAACUGGAAGUAGCCAAGCCAUUUUGGAUGAUGGAAGAUCUGGUUUUUCUCUUCAAGAAGAGGAAAUGAAGAAACCUACUGCUCAUAUUUCGCCCCAAAGUCCUUUAGCAGAAGCCAUGUUUUCCCCAACAGCAACUACAGUACCCAUGCGUUUAGAUUAUGUCCUAACAAGGGACGAUGACUCAUCUCCUGUGCUUCCAGGAAAGGAACGGGCAGGAAUAAAAAAAAUUUCACCUGAAAUACAGCAUAACAAGGUUGUUAACAGUAGUUUUCAACCAACAGCAUUGGUUGAAGAGUUCCGGGAGUCCUCUUGCCCACCAAUACAUGAGAAAUGGAUUCCAUGUGUAGAGUUAGUAGGAAAGGAUCAAAUGGCUCCCAAUGAUCAGAUUCAAGAACCUAGUUUUGUCCCUUCAGGCACAGAUGGAAAAGCUGGUCUUAAAACAAGUGAGGUCGUAGAGAUUGUAAGUAGGACUUUGGUCCCACCAAAAACUGCUGGUGCUGAUGCUUUUAGUACGAGUUUGGAGAAGUUGCUUAAGGAAACAUCUGAUCUACAGGCGUCUCUCAGGCAACAUAUCAUAAUGGAUGUUUCUGAACCAGCAGACCUUACGUCAGAAAAAAGGGAUUUUUUUAAUAAGGUAAUGGAGCGCAGCCAUCAUUCUUAUCCCAGUGAUCCAGAAGAGAGCAGAGAGGGAUGUCAAACAGAAGGAACUAUGGAAAAACAUCACUUACUCCAAACUCAGCCUGUGGAGUUCACAACCAACAUGGGAAGUUUGCCUAGAUCGCUGGAAGAAUUAAAACCCAUGCCUGUGAAAGAGGACAGGCAAAUGUAUUUCAGUGAUAAUCCUGCUUGGGAAAAGAACUUGCUGAUUCCAUCCCUAGAGCUGAUACAACCUGACACCUGUGGUGCAGCUCAGAACAGAACAGACUCUGCUGAAGAAGACGUUUUGGAGACGGUAUCCAAAAACAACGUCCCACCAAACAGAGAAUGCAGCGAUUUGAACGCUAAACUCAUCCGUCUGUUGAAAGAAUCAGCAACAUGGCCCAGGACCCAGGACAUUUUGGAAGCACCAUUUGAUGAUCUUCCUAAAGAGAAUCAACAAAAAUCAUAUCAACAAAUGAAUAAAGAGAAAGACUUUGCUUCACCCCAAACGUCCAGUCAUUUGAGAGAGACUGUGGGUGAGACUGCUGAGAAAAGCAAAGAUACCAACAAAGACGCCAGAGUGCUGAUUGUCGUGCAAGAUGGCACAACGGAAGCAACUAAACAAUAUGCAGAUCCUAAGGAGAGAAUCCAGGGAGAAUUAGCUGGGAAGCAGCCUGUGGACACGAUGGAAACAGUUGUGAAAACUAUGAAACCAAAAUCAUGCGAUCGUGCAACAUUUAGAGCCAAUUUAAAACAAAUACUUAACGAAGAUGCAACAGGGUUACUUGGAGACAUAGAAAUUCCUAAACUGACACAUUCCCCAUUACAGCCUGAUCAGUCUGUGAGCUCAGCUUGUGCCAAAGAUACACGGAAUAGUCAGGAAGUAAUUGAAAGAGUAGAAAAAUCUACUGUUCCUUCUAAUUCUAGACAGGUUGAAUUCAAAGCCCGUUUCCAAACGUUACUCAAGGAAAACUCUGAAAUCUUACCAUGUAGCCAGAAAAUCACAGCAAAAGAGGAUCAGGCAUUAAAAUCACCUGUAGAAAUGUCGAGGGAUUAUCGUAGUGAACUUAAAAUCCCACUUACAGAGAAGGCGUCCAAGCAAACUGACGGAGGAGGAAAGCUUUCAGAGGACAUGGCCUUCCAAAAAAUAAUCCAUCUUAAUCUAGCAUCUUCAGAAACCCCAUGUCUGGAAAAAGAUAAGGAUUUUCCUUCCACAGCCGAUAAGGCAGAGGACAGAAGUAUUCAAGAGAAAGAAGCAGAGUUUUCCACUUCAUUAAUUGAUGCCAACAGAAGCCUGAUAGUGGAGCGCGGAUUGCAAAGAUCAAGCACCCCCCUCGGUGGAAGUCCUAUCCAAAGCGGGGAAGUGGAGCGUUAUCAGGCCGCCCCUCCUGCUGGCGAUGACAACGAUGUUGAUGGAGAUGCCAAGAAUUGUUCGGAGGAAGAGUUGAACCCCGUUAUGAAGGCCCUGAAAAGGAAUUCAAAUAGGCAAAUUCCUUCCAAAAGUGUAGAGGACAUACCAUCAGCCACCUCAAAUAAAGAAAAAAUAAACCUUGCCAGGGAAGACUUAGUGCUUAGUGCUGAAGAUGUUUCCACAGCACCUUCUUUCUCUGACAGUCAGUUUUCGCGUCCGGAAAAAAUUAAGAUGAUGAGCAAAUCGGUCCCAGCAUUUCUUCAGGAUGAGAGCGAUGACAGAGAGACAGAUACAGCAUCAGAGAGCAGUUACCUACAUGGGAGAAUCACAAAGAGCCCGAGUUCGUUAACCAAUCUUAGCGGCUCUUCUGGCUUGGCAUCCCUGUCUUCUGUGAGCACCAGUGUGAUGAGCGUGUAUAGUGGAGAUUUUGGCAACGUGGACGUGAAGGGGAAUCUCCAGUUUGCCGUUGACUAUGUGGAACAGUUGAAGGAGUUCCAUAUUUUUAUUGCCCAGGGAAAGGAUUUGGCAAUUGCAGACGUGAAAAGGCAACGAUCAGAUCCUUAUGUGAAGAGUUACCUGCUACCAGAAAAAAAUAAACUGGGCAAAAGAAAGACCUCUGUGAAGAAGAAGACACUGAAUCCAGUCUACAAUGAGAUAUUACGGUAUAAAAUAGACAAAGCCGUUUUGGAGAGUCAAAGCUUGAAUGUCUCCGUUUGGCAUCACGAUACUUUUGGGCGCAAUAGUUUCCUGGGCGAAGUGGAGCUGGAUUUGGCCAACUGGGACUGGAGUGACAAUCAGAACAAACAAAUGAUCUGGUAUCCAUUGAAACCAAGGACGCCCUUAAAAGGAUUAGAUCUUGAAAACAGAGGGGAGAUAAAGAUAGCUCUCCAGUAUGUCCCACAGCCUGUUGGAGGCAAAAAGACUUCAGCUACCGGCGAAGUUCACAUUUGGGUGAAACAGUGCAAUGACCUGCCUGUCCUCAGAGGCCCAAAACUCAAUUCUUUCGUGAAGUGUACCGUUCUUCCGGAUACAAGUCGAAAGAGCCGUCAGAAAACCAGAGCCGUUUCGAAGACGACAGAUCCGAUCUUCAACCACACCAUGGUUUACGAUGGCUUCCGACCGAAAGACUUGAAAGAAGCAUGCGUGGAACUUACUGUCUGGGAUCAUAAUAAACUUGCCAACCAUUUCCUGGGAGGACUUAGAAUAGGACUUGGAACAGGCAAAAGCUAUGGCGUUCCAGUGGAUUGGAUGGAUUCUACAUUAGAUGAAGCCAACCUAUGGGAAAGAAUGAUCAACUCUCCCAACACUUGGGUGGAAGAUACUCUGCCACUCCGAAUGCUGAUGGUGGCAAAAAUGACAAAGUAAAAACAAUGCAGUAAUCAGUUGCUUCCAGUUGAUAUGAUUUGCUGGAAUUUGAUGGCGAGAAGAGCCAGAAAGAUACAGAGAUAAACGUCAAGGGGACCAAUUCUUUCAUCAGGUGUAAAUUUCGGCAAAAGGCAUCUUUAUGCUGUGUAUAACCUGACCUUUGUUUUUGCUGGAUGUUACCACCACAAAACAUGUUAGUGUCUACUUAUCAACUGGUACUGAGUUUUGAAUUAAACUCUUUUAAUCUUUAAUAAACACUGUAUGUUAUUAAAACAGGAAAUGUAUU